AUGCCCGCCCAAAAUUCACCCCGACUCCUCGACAGAGGCUCGCUCGAGGAAGCCAUGCUCAACGCCGACCCGGAAGCGGCCAACGACGGACCAUUACCGACGCACUGGACAUCCAAACCCUCGGGCGACACGUCGACGAGCCUCUCCCGCAUCAAGUCACGGCUGUGGCCGCAGCCGGCGCAUCGCCCGAGAGCCCUGCACAAAACGGCCUACCUCGACGGCCUGCGCGGCUUCGCAGCCCUCCUGGUCUACUGGCAUCACCACGUCCUCUGGGUUCACAACGCCGACAGGCUGGCGCAGAACCCAAUCUUUGAAAACAGCUUCGGCUACGCGUCCAAGUACCACCUCGCCGCCUUGCCGGGCGUCCGCCUCCUCUUCUCCGGCGGCCACUUUGCCGUCUCUACCUUUUUCGUCCUGUCGGGCUACGUGCUUUCCAUAAAGCCCCUCAGGCUCAUCGAGAGCGACGACCUCGCCGGCCUGGUCGACCACCUCGCGUCCGCCAUAUUCAGGCGCUGGCUGCGGCUGUUCCUCCCCGUCGCCGCGACCAUGGCCGUCUACGCAACCUCGUGGCAUCUGCUGGGCCUGUGGGUUGACGGAGCGAGCCCGCAGGGCAGCUGGCUCGGCGAGAUGUGGUUCCUCUACUGCGAGUUCAAAAACUUCAGCUUCGUCUUCAAGGACGGCGGCGUGCCCUGGCUCUCGUACAGCAUGCACGUCUGGUCGAUACCCGUCGAGUUCAAGGGCUCCGUGGUCGUCUUUGCGUCCCUGCUGGCCUUUUCGAGGUGUACCCUCGCGGCGCGUCUCUGGUGCCAGGUCGGGCUCGUCGUCUACUUCAUGUACGUUGCCGACGGGUGGUACUGCGCCAUGUUUGUCGCCGGCAUGCUCUUGAGCCACCUGGACCUGUUGGCGGCGCUGGGCAGGCUCCCGCGGUUUCUGGCGCGGCUUGCGCCGUACAAGACCGUCGUCUGCUACCACAUGCUCGUGCUGGGCAUCUACUUGGGCGGCGUGCCGUGCGAGAACCGCGAGCUGGACCAGCUUGCCCGGAAUCGGGGCUGGUACUUCCUCUCCUUUUUCAAGCCGCAGGCCGUCUUUGACUACAAGUGGUUUUACCUCUUUUGGGCCGCGACUCUACUUGUCAGUUCGGUCUCGCACAUUGGCUGGCUAAAGAGGUUCUUUGAGACGCGUGUCUGCCAGUAUCUGGGACGCAUCUCGUUUGCGCUGUAUCUCGUCCAUGGACCGUUGCUGUGGACGCUGGGCGACCGGCUCUAUGCCGCAGUCGGCUUCAAGGGCCCGGGUCAACUGGAGCACAUGCCGCAGUGGGUGGACAGGUUUGUUCUGCCGCAGAAUGGGCCUGUUGGGCUCGAGUUUGCGUUUGUUCUGCCGCACUUGAUCCUCUUGCCUGUUACCCUCUGCGCGGCCGAUUUCGUCACGCGGGCGGUGGACAGGCCAAGCGUCGAGUUUGCGGCAUGGGUAUACAGGAAAACGCUGCCUAGCGUGCCAAGAAAACACGCAAAAGCUUAG